AUGCGUGUCCAGUCAGAGAAUAUGAAGGAAGAAUUGGAUCUGAAGAAAUUCAACACAUCAGAGGAGGGUUAUAGAAGACUCAUACCAGCUAUCACAAACUGCAGAAAGGCUCAAUUUACUGGCUGUAACCUCACUGAACUGUCCCUUGAAAUUUUGAGUACAGCUCUACAAACAGAAAAUUCCUCUGUAAAAGAGCUGGACCUCAGUAAAAAUGACCUGCAGGAUGCAGGAGUGGAAAAGCUCUCUGCUGGACUCAAGAGUUCACACUGUAAAUUGGAGAUACUCAGACUUGCUGUGUGUAAACUCAGCGCACAGUCCUGUAACACACUGCAGUCAGUUUUACAAACAGAAACCUCCUGCCUGAAAGACAUAGACCUCAGUAAUAAUGACGUGCAGGAUUCAGGAGUGGAGAAUCUCUCUGCUGGAUUGAAAAGUUCACACUGUAAACUGGAGAUACUCAGACUUGUUGUGUGUAAACUCGGCGCACAGUCCUGUAAUACACUGCACUCAGUUUUACAAACACAAGCCUACUGCCUCAAAGAACUAGACCUCAGUAACAAUGACCUGUAUGAUUCAGGAGUGGAGAACCUCACUGUUGGAUUGAAGAGUUCAAACUGCAAACUGCAAAUACUAAGACUAGCUUUGUGUAAUCUUGGAGAGAAUACGUGUGAAAGGCUAGGAUCACUUUUAAAACUGGAAAACUCCCUGAAAGCACUGGACCUCAGUAAUAAUGAUCUGCAGGAUUCAGGAGUGGAGCUGCUCUCUGCUGGACUGAAGACUGGAGACUGUAAACUGGAAAUACUCAUAUUAUCUGGUUGUAUGAUCAAAAAGAAAGGCUGUUCUUCUCUGGCUUCAGCUCUGAGUUCAAACCUGUCACACCUGAAAGAACUGGACCUGACCUACAAUUACCCAGGAGAGUCAGGAGUGAAGGCACUCUCUACUAGACUGGAGGAUCCACAAUGCACACUGAGCACUCUCAGCCCUUUUCUCUGUUACAAGGUGACGUCAUCUCGUAAAACAGUCCUCACUGCUUUACUCGCCCUCACAGAGGAGUGUGUUCCGUGUAACCGUGUGGAGACGCUGACCGGACUUUCAGGAUCGACUCUGGAUCAAACUGAUACAGCAGAACUGACACUGUUGGAGAAAGAGCCACAGCGGAGUUUACAGCUGCUCAGGAGAGAAGAGUCUGUCUGCUAG